GGUGCUGUUAAAAAUUAUUGGGUACCUUCAAAAGAAAAAAAAAAAGAAACCCUAAAAUCUCAUCAGCCCUCUCUCUCUCUCACUUCAUCCCUCUUUGCUGCCCAGCGAUUCGACGACGACGACGGUGACUCGCUCGCUGCCCAGCGAUUUGACGACGACAGAGACGACAGCAUCUUCUCCCCUACUCGCUGACGACGACGGGAAUCUCCUUCCUAAGUCACCGACGGCAUCUUCACCAGCGACGGAAGCUAGUCCUCCCUCCCCAACGACGACACAUCUUCUCCCUCACAAACGACAACAACUCAGAAACGAGAAUCGUCUAAACCCAGACAAGUCUUCUUCUUCUUCUCCAUAGACUCAGCUCCAAACGCCAACGGUUCGAACCCUUACCGUUCUGUUAGCCUGAGAAUCUUAAAUCGAUAUGGUUCAUAAGAACCCUUCCGGAGAGGAGAAGGAGGAGCAGGAUAUGGAUUCUAUUGAUGCCAACACUGAUGAAAUCACGAUGAAGAAGAAGAACAUAAAUAAGAGACGUCUUUUAAAGGAAGCUUCGGAGGCUAGACGGCGUGGAAUUUGCUACCUCAGUAGGAUUCCUCCCCAUAUGGACCCUUUCAACCUUCGUCAGAUUCUCUCUCAAUUUGGAGAUAUUCAAAGGAUUUACUUGACUCCUGAAAAUUCUGCCCAAGUUCGACGCAAGCGUCCUGGUCGAUAUCAGGAUCAAGCAUUUUCCGAAGGAUGGGUUGAGUUUUCUGAUAAAAGGGUUGCUAAAAGAGUUGCUGAUAUGUUAAAUGGUGAACAAAUAGGUGGGAAGAAAAAGUCAUCCUUCUAUUAUGACUUGUGGAAUAUCAAAUACCUAAGCAAAUUCAAGUGGGAUGAUCUCACAGAAGAAAUUGCUUACAAGAAAGCCGCCAGGGAGCAGAAACUGGCUUUAGAAAUCUCUGCUGCGAAAAGGGAGCGGGACUUCUAUCUCUCUAAGGUUGAUCAAGCCCGUGCAUUCAGUUCCAUCGAAGAACGAUUAAAGAAGAAGCAAAAGCUCGAACAAGAACCGGGUACUGAUCCUGAUCUUCCUGUUAGCAAUCAAGCAUUGAAGGUUCGAAAAUUCCCACAGAAACAACCUGUUGCGAAAAACGAAACAGAUAAUAAGCCUAAGCUUUCUAAAGAUAUCCUAGCUGGGGUAAGCAUCAGUUAUCAAUAUUCAGUAAUAUAUUUCAUUUUGAACUUCUCACUGAAGCUUGUAUAUGAAUAUCUUUAUAGGUGUUUGGUGGUUCUUGCUGAUCAUGACAAUUGCAGUUGAUGAUUAGGAGCCAAAAUAGCUUUAUUUUGAUGUCUAUAAUAUAAUGUAGAUUUUUGGUGUGAGAAAGCUUAUUACACCCCCACAGUUUUGUAGCCUUAAGUUGGAUCCUUGGAUAAAUUAAAUUUUGAUGGAGUUAAUUCAGUUGAGAAUUAAUUUUUCA